CUGGACCAACUAGUAAGGCUGCCUUUUGUUCCUAUUUCAAGGAUGAUUCUUUGAAAAUUGCAAAGAGUGUGGGUGGGUGGGAGAUGACUGCAGGCUGAAGUCAUGGGGUGUACACCUUCCCACAAUGACAUUGUUAAUAGUGUUGCUAAGAGUGGCAUCCAGUUUUUUAAAAAGCCCAAGGCAAUUUUGCCAGGACGUCAGGGGGGCAGUGAAAGAUGCUCUAUCCCUUUGCUGGUUCCAAGCUCCACCUGCUAUGAUUCUGGGGGAGGCUCCUCCCAGGCACAGAGGCUGGCAGAGGAGCAGCCAAAGGCCAGGUGGACCCAAAGCCCAAAUGAAGGUCUCUAUCAGCUCACAAGAGAUCCCAAAGGGAAAGAUAUGGAAGGACUGCCCCCAGAAACCAAAACGUCCCGAUCCCAGCUGGAUGAAUCACAAAGCCACAUGGCUAAGGACCUUCCAUCCAAGACACAGAGUUCUCAUGGGUUCCAAGGGGCAGCCUUUUCUGGGGAAGAGAGUGAAGAAAGUACUACCCAGCAAAGAAAGCUGAGAUGCCACACAUGUGGCCAACAGGGCCAUUUCUGCCAAACCAUCCUUCCUGCUCACGAGCCUAAAGGCAAAGUGGAUUUCCCUGAGCCCCUGGUGAAGGCCCACCAGCACGCCUACACCUACCUACACUCCUGCCUCUCCAAAUAUGAAGCAAUUCUGUGCAUCAUUCAUCAGGCCACCCAGACCCAAGAGCUGCUGCAGCCCAUGGUCACCUUCCUGCUGCUAUGCGUUGAUGAGGUCAACCGGCUCUUGGGGGAGAUCUCCAAGGAUGGAGAAAUGCUUCUCAAGGAAGUUAAGGGGGAUCUGUCUUGGCCGUUGGGGAAAGGAGAGCCCCACGAGCAGCCAGAUCUCCUGCAACAGCUUCUGCAGUACACAGUCAGCAAGCUGCUGGUGCUCAGUGGCACGGUGGCCUCGAUCACGGGCAGCUUCCUGGAGGGCUCCGGCAAUUACCUCCACGCUACCGCCUGCCACUUGGGAAAUAAGCUGAGUACAAAGAGGGGUGUGGAUGAAUGCCUCCUAAGGGCUCUGGGGCAACUGGAAAGCUUGGCGAGCGGCCACGGAGACCCUGGGAUGCAGGACAGACCCUUGUGCUCUGAGGACAGUGGCAUCGGUGCUGACAACGAGUCUGUGCAUCUGGUGGACAAGCUGGGCAAGCAAACCAGCUGGGACUCAGCAUCAGAGCCUGCAGAAUGGAUGCCAGUGCUUUCAUCCACAGGGGAAGCCAAGCUGUCAGGACAUAGCUGGCAGCAAGGUCCUUUCCGGAUGGGUUCCGACAGACCCCAGGACUGCCCACUCUCCAGGCCUCCGACGGCAAAGGUUCAGCCAACAGCAUGGGGUGGAGCAGGUGGCCCAUGGCCCUCUAGCACAGGCCCAGAAAAUACUACUGCCAGGCCUGGAGGGAUCAGCAAAAGUGCUCUGUGUGAUUCCCUUGGGAUUGGGAUCUCGACAGAAGCACAUUUUUCUAAAGGCUCCAGGUUGAUGGACACCCCUUCCCUCAGUGAAGGUGAGGACAGCAGCCCAGACGAGGAGGAAGACCAGGUGAGUGGCAUGAGUCAGUGUCCAUGGCAGGAAAAAUUGUCCCAUCCGAGGCCACGCUCCUCACCUGGUGGCCCAGCAAGCCCAUUCCAGCCACACCCCAGGAGGCUCAAGAGUCUCCAAGCCCAGGAAAUGAUUCUGAAAAUGAAGGAAGCAAUCAGUGAAAGGAUCAAGUUCGUCCCUGUGCCUUCUGGGCCCCAGGACUGGGCCGAGGAGGAGGAGAAGACAGUGGUCUCCCCGAGACCUAGCACAGCCAGUGGCAGCAGCAGGGCCCCUGUGAGGCAGAGAAGGUCCCACUCAGAGGGGUGUCUGAAGAGUCACGUGGAGGACCCCACCCUCCAGGAGCUGCAGAGGGUCCAGAGAGACCUUAGCCAGAGGCUGGAGGCAUUUUAUGCCCUGGGUGCACAUCUGGGGCAGAACUCAAAGCAGGUUCUGCAGCCCCGGGCCACAGCUCUGAGGCCCGACACCUGCAGGGUUGCACCCAGCAACACCACCAGCAAACUGAAGGCUUCCCUCACCAAGGACUUCAGCAUUUUACCGAGUCAGGCCAAGAGCAUCUUACAGAAAUGCAGUCCCCACCCUGAGAGCAAACAGUCCCCACAGGGGAAGGCCGAGGGGCUCCGGGUCACCACUCCAUCGGGUGAGAAGGCCCAUGAGGCUGCAGGGGCCGAGGACUGGAAUGUCAGGAGCUGUCCCACCAGAACAUCAGUCAAGAAACUCAUUGAAACCUUCAGUCCCACUGAGGGUCUGAGGACCCUGGGCGAUUUCAAGGACUCUGGGCCAAGCCCCUGCCUCAGGAAGUGGGGGAUCCCCAUCAUACCUCCCAGAUUUCCUAUAUACAGGGGACUUUCCCCUUUGUAUCCAAAGCCCCAAAUUUCUCCAGCUGCAAGUGGAGACUCUCUCAAGGUGGGCCCAGGCUGGAGGCCCCUAGCUCCCCUUUUCCCUCCUCUGCUUACAGCAGGAGCGUGCAAGAGGGAGGACCCCAAUUUUAACUGUGAAACAGAAGAGGAUCUAGAGCACCUCCCUCCACCACCUCUGGAAAUCCUGAUGGACAAAUCAUUCACCUCUCUGGAGUCCCCAGAAAGCAGCAAGCCAGCAGGGAGCUCCUCCAAAGGGACCCGGGCUCCGGGGCUCGGAUCGGCCGACCCCGACAGGAGAACGUGGGCUUCGCCAAAGCUAAGAGCCUCCUUGAGCCCCACUGACCUGCUACCCAGCAAGAGCGCGAAUGCCCCCGCCAGGCCCCACGGCACAGGCCCGGGGGGCAGCAAGAGCGGCUGCGGUACCAGAAAGCUCACCUUGGACCUGAGCCCCCCGCCCGCAGCCAGUGGAAACCCAGAGGCGGAGGGCAGAGGGGCUCGGAGUGCGGCGCCUGCAGACAGGGCCACCAGCCUGUGCAAGCAUCCCCAGAAGGCCACCCCCUGGCACCACCCCAGCCACACAUGUGGACAGCACAGGACCUGGGAACCCAGCCCGGCCAGGCCAGCGGGGGGGCCACGCUCUCCCGAGGGCCCCCGGCAGAGCCAAGACCGGAGCCCCCUGCUCGCCAGCAAGGCCUCUCCCCCAAGAGGCUCCUGGACACCCCGAGCAGACAGGAGGCAGCCGGCCUGUCACAGGCCCGCCCAGCCGAGUGCUCCCUCUGUGCAAGGCCCCCCCAGCGCACCCGGCAGCCCCCCGCGCAGCCCCCCGCUGCGGGGCCCCCCGGCCAGGGGGGAAGGAGCGCCCAGCGCUGCGCCCGAGAGCCCGCCCGCGCAGGACGAGGCCUGCAGCCCCCCGGGCCCGCGCACAGAGGCCAGUUCCCCCUCCUCGCGCCCCUCGCCCUCGCCCCCCGUGUCGCCUGCUCUGGGGCGCAGGUGGCCGGGCGCUUCUGGGCAGGGCGGGGGCGGCGCAGCCAGAGCCUCGGGGAACCCGCGCCCCCUCUUCUGGCCCGCGUCCUCGCCCGCGUUUGAAGCCGCCCCACCCGGGCCGCCGCCCCCUGAGGCUGGGGGCCCCCGGGGGACCCCCGCGGGCGGCUGGAGGAGCUCGGGGCCCGCGGCCAGGGCCGCCUCCCAGCGGGGCGGGGCUCUGUGCGCGCUCAACCCCCGGCCUUUCAUCAGAAGGACCGCUUCGGACCCGCGCCCCGGCGGCCGCCCCCGGCUGCCCGCCCCCCGGGCGGCCGGCGACGCGGGGGGCUCCGCGCUCAGCAGGAGCAGCAGCAGUGAGGAGAGCCUCAAGAAGGACACAGAGCCAUGGAACAGCCCCUGUGCCCCAGAACUGAAGGGUGGUAGCAGGGGUGCGUCUCCCCCAGAGCUCUGCGUGUUGGGCCACGGGCUGCAACGGGAGGUCAGAGCCAGCCGCACCCAGGACAAGCCUCAACAGAAAGAGGUAGCCUGACAGGCUAACCAACAGGGUGACACUGAUGCCAGUCACCCCAGAAGGCAAUGGGAGACAGCCAAGCAUCAGACUGUCCCAUAAAUGGUGGGCCCACCAAACUCCUAUGGAGGUGUCCUAGAACCAUCUGGAAGGUGCAAUGCCCAGAGGGUCUGCUAAAUUCUACACAUUUGCCAUUUUCAGCCCCAGAUUCUGGUUUGCCUAAGGGUUCAAAGAUGAACUAUAACUUUGGACCCCAGGGUGACAUUCUUUAAUCUUUCAAGUCCUGGCCUUAACUUAGGGGGGAAAAUACAUUUAUCGCCUACUUGAUGGGCUGGGGGGUUUUACCUGGGUUAGUUUCAUGGACUCAUUUAAUCUGCACAACAACGAAUGGAGCAGAUAGCAUGUUCCUGGUUUUGCAGAUACGAAAACCAAAGCGCCCCUUCCCCUACCCCAACCCCAAAGUGUCUUGCCUGAGGUCUCACAGCCAGGAAGAGAAGAGAGCAAAAAUUUGAACAGGUGUGCCUGACACCAGAAUCCCUUGUUUUUCGUUACGUUUCAUUGCCCAUGACUAUUCCAUCACUCCAUUUGCCUAAAGCAAACAUAGUUGUACAAAUGGUUGGAAAGCGUUGUGGUUUUUUCACAGGUUACACAGCGGCACAGCAUUCAAGUCACCAUUGAGAGCUUUGUUGAGAAGCUGAUUACUCCAGAGAUAGGAAGACCAUGGAAUUAAGACACACACCCUCCUUCUCCUCCCUCCCAAGUACAGACCCAAAGCCCUCAACACAGCUUCCAGCCCACUCCUUUGGCUGAGCGGCCUCGGGUUGCUUCUCAGAGGCGUGUCUUGGAUGCUCUGCCCUACGCAUCCACAUGCCUCUCACACUGGGUGCAAUCAUGCCUUGCAAACAAGCAGCCUAUUCUCCACGCCCUAUAGGGGCUGGAGCGCGGGAAGAUGCACGCACUCACACACACACACACACACACACACACACACAGACACGUACGUGUAUGCACAUGCCAGUCUCUCCCAGGGGCUUCUCGGCCAACUUUAUUCCCAAGUCAUCUGGACAACUUCUGCCAGAGUCAAAAUGGAGUGAAGAACUACCGUUCCUGCCAAAACCCUGCUUCUGCCAACGCGCUAGAUAUUUGCUGCAGAUCUUGGAACUCUUCCACUGGUGGCUGUGAGUGCUUUCUAUUUAGAAAGAAUUUGCAGUAAUUGGGUGAUUCAGUGCCGGCUCAGUAGGUUGUCAAAAGACAAGAAUUCUCACCCACGGGGUAUGGCUAAGGGGCCAUCCUCCAGAUCUGCUGCAAAGCUGAUUUUCUUUUUAAGUUUGGAAAAAUUACAGACUUCAAGUCCUUUCUGGUUGAAAUAGAUCAUGGCUCGAGAACAAGUUAAGCUGGGUCCUACGGGCUACAGCUACCUGUAAAUGAAGUCACCUUGACUCAUUCAGUUAUUAAAAUAGGGGUGACAAGGAUAAUCUCUUCAAAGGCACCCAAAGAAUCAUUGAUUAAACCACCAACAGGGGCCACAAGCCACCCCUCUAUUGGGAAAUGUCUGUACACACCCAGCUGAAUGCUCACGGUUGCUGCGUGGCGGCACUAAUUGUCAGAGCAGAGCUCGGGCAGCUGUAGGGCAGACUUCGGGCAGAGCCACAUGCAGGGGUGAGUGGGUGGACCUGGGGAUCCGCCUGGCCACAGGAAAUGGGAGCAAGUCCAGCUACCCGGGCAGGGCAGGGCUGAGGUAAGUGUGUGGGAACAGCCAGCUUUGGGAAACAUGCGUGCUACAAAGCUGGCCAGUCUGCCUACCUGGGCAGGCCAGCUGCAGUGGGGAGGGAAGGGGGGUGUGGGCCCUAGGCAGGCUGGGCACGGAGCCAAGCCAAGGGGAAGCAAGCAGGAGAAGAAAUGCUGCAGCUCAUGGGUAAGCAGGCUCAGGAUGGACCCUGCCCUGGGCAAGGGUUUAGGGGCAGACUUCCCAAGGUCUGGAGAAACAAAGCAGAAACAGAGAAGCAAAGGGAGAUUGGACAGGGACGCCAUUCAUGAAAUGGGGAGACAAUCUGGGGUGUUAUCACAGAGACAAUAAAAAAAUCUAGUUCUGGGAACCAGGAUAGGAAUUGGGAGCCAGAUCUGCAAGAGGAGGAAGAAAGGCCAACCUCUCCCUCAAAGGAUCCCCACUCAGAGGUUUGGGCUGGUUUAAGUCUUUAGGGGGGCCGAGUGUACCCAGCUACGGCAAUGAAAGCUAGGUGUGGACACCUGGGAGCCACGUACCCUAUUACAUCCCAGAGGGAGUCAGCGUCAGAGAGAAUGCCCUGCAAGAGUAGGGCCUCCCUGAGUGUGCCGGGCAGGAGGCUCUCUGAGGGCAGACGGUGCCCCUUCCCCCGAGCUAGGCCACUAAGCAGCAGUGACAUCCACCGUUCCUGCGCUGCAGGCAGCGCUGAAGGAUAGAGGGCUUCCAGGAUUCCUGUGUCAGGGGCCCUGACCUGCUCCCUCCACAUCUACUGAGCACCUAGUUGUACCAGGACAGUGCCAGACUCCUGCUAUAUACCCCCAUACAUGAUGUCGUGAGAGGCCUCCCGGUCCAAGCAGCAAUGACAAUGAGGUGAUAUAGACUCUUGUGUUGGUGAAGGACCCAAAGUCUUCAAGAAUCCCAAGUCAGCUUCCUCUGGGGUAAAGCAGAGGGGUUGCAAGGCCAAGGUCAAAGGUGAAGCAGUGCCUAGCUGGCACAGGAGCAGAUGGGUCACAGAUGUGGUUUUUUGGCUACCAUCACAACCACCAGACUUAGCUCAAAUUAUAGGUGAAUUAGACAUUGUAUAAAAGAAAUUAAAUGUACCAUGACAGGCAACUUGAGUGGCUUCAAUUCAGUUUCACCCCUCCUUGAGAACAAGCCUUUACUCAAACCCAUGUCUUUGGUUCCUGCCUUGGAAAGCAUGCUGCUGGUGGUCAUGAGGGACAAGCCCAAUCCCACAGCUUCUCAGGUCACUCUCAUGCACCCACCUCUCCUCCACCCAAGAACCUCAUCCUUGCUGAGCCCAAUCCACUUCUUGAGCUCAAAGCAGAAGGGAGAGCAGAGUUUCUAUUUUGUCUUAUCUUUUAAAAGUAAUUAUACCAAUAGGCCCAACGCA